CCAGCCUGAAACUCGACCCAUUGAACACCAUUGAGCUGCCCGGCUCCGCCUUGCUUCCCCAUUCUUGGCGACCACUGCUCUGUCUCUAUGAAUUUUGACUAUUCUAGGCACCUCACAAAAGUGGACUCAUACGAUAUCUGUACUUCUGCGUCUGGCUUCUCUAUUUAAUUCUUAAAGCGGGGUGGGAACCAAGCAGAUCACAAGGGAGCUGCCCACAGAGGUAAAGACAAGGUGAGGUAUGCUGAGAGACGCAGGAAAGAAGGUCAAGGUGUAGGCUGGAGGGCAGGGGCGGGCCCUGGGCCUGGGCUGGGGGUCCUGCCCCGGGGCGCACCCAGGCCGAGGGAUGCCCGGAGGAGCCGAGGCUGGCGGACAGCUUGACCCUGAGCUUGAAGGGAAGGCAGCGAGGGGACAAAGGACGGAGGCCUAGGAAGAGGGUCUGCAGAGCAGAAAGCACGGGCAAGGGCGGCCUGGCGCUCGUAAGACAACAGAUGGAGCCGUGUGCACGUCGGGAGCUCGGAGUGCGCGUGAGCUCCGUGCUCAGGCCCACGACUCGGCCCGCCCGGCCAGCUCUCCGGGUCAACGGGGUCCGGGAGCCGCGCUUGGGGAGGGCGCAGCGCAGGGUGAGCGGCGGCGUUAGGACCCGGGGGCGCGGGCGGGCUGCGGCCGGCGGGGCUAGGACCCAGCGGCUCCGGCGAAGCGGAAGCGGCGGCGGGAGCUUCCGGGAGGGUGGCGCGUAGGCACCAUGACUCCUGUGAGGACGCAGCACUCCCUGGCAGGUCAGACCUAUGCCGUGCCCCUCAUCCAGCCCGACCUGCGGCGAGAGGAGGCCGUCCAGCAGAUGGCGGAUGCCCUGCAGUACCUGCAGAAGGUCUCUGGAGACAUCUUCAGCAGGAUCUCCCAGCGGGUAGAGCAGAGCCGGAGCCAGGUGCAGGCCAUUGGAGAGAAGGUCUCCUUGGCCCAGGCCAAGAUUGAGAAGAUCAAGGGCAGCAAGAAGGCCAUCAAGGUGUUCUCCAGUGCCAAGUACCCUGCUCCAGAGCGCCUGCAGGAAUAUGGCUCCAUCUUCACAGGCGCCCAGGACCCUGGCCUGCAGAGACGCCCCCGCCACAGGAUCCAGAGCAAGCACCGCCCCCUGGACGAGCGGGCCCUGCAGGAGAAGCUGAAGUACUUUCCUGUGUGUGUGAGCGCCAAGCUGGAGCCUGAGGAUGACGCCGAAGAGGGACUUGGGGGUCUUCCCAGCAACAUCAGCUCUGUCAGCUCCUUGCUGCUCUUCAACACCACCGAGAACCUGUACAAGAAGUAUGUCUUCCUGGACCCCCUGGCUGGUGCUGUAACAAAGACCCAUGUGAUGCUGGGGGCGGAGACAGAGGAGAAGCUGUUUGAUGCCCCCUUGUCCAUCAGCAAGAGAGAGCAGCUGGAACAGCAGGUCCCAGAGAACUACUUCUAUGUGCCAGACCUGGGCCAGGUGCCUGAGAUUGAUGUGCCAUCCUACCUGCCUGACCUGCCCGGCAUUGCCAACGACCUCAUGUACAGUGCCGACCUGGGCCCUGGCAUUGCCCCCUCUGCCCCUGGCACCAUUCCAGAACUGCCCACCUUCCACACUGAGGUAGCUGAGCCUCUCAAGACAGACCUACAAGAUGGGGUACUAACAGCACCCCCACCACCUCCACCGCCCCCACCACCUCCCCCAGCUCCUGAGGUGCUGGCCAGUGCACCCCCACUCCCACCCUCAACCGCGGCCCCUGUAGGCCAAGGCGCCAGGCAGGACAACAGCAGCAGCGCGUGUCCUUCAGCUCCAGUCCAGGGAGCUCCCAAGGAAGUGGUCGACCCCUCUGGUGGCCGGGCCACUCUGCUGGAGUCCAUCCGCCAAGCCGGGGGCAUCGGCAAGGCCAAACUGCGCAGCGUGAAGGAGCGAAAGCUGGAGAAGAAGAAGCAGAAGGAGCAGGAGCAAGUGAGAGCCACGAGCCAAGGUGGGGACCUGAUGUCAGAUCUCUUCAACAAGCUGGUCAUGAGGCGCAAGGGCAUCUCUGGGAAAGGACCCGGGGCUGGUGAGGGGCCCGGAGGAGCCUUUGCCCGCGUGUCAGACUCCAUCCCUCCUCUGCCACCACCGCAGCAGCCGCAGGCAGAGGAGGACGAGGAUGACUGGGAAUCCUAGGGGCCUCCAUGACACCUUCCUCCCCCAGACCCAGACUUGGGCUGUUGCUCUGACAUGGACACAGCCAGGACAACCCGCUGAGACCGGCUUCCCUGGGAGCGGGUGGUGAUGGAACCAGCACUGUGCGGAGACCACCUGCAAGGAGCGGAAGGCUGGCCUGAGGCCACACGGCUGGGGCGGGGGCUUCUAUCUGCCUGUGCUCCACAGGGGGCGGCUCCACCCAGCCUGUACCAGUGUGUUCUUCUCUUCUCUAAGGAGGCUUCCAGAGAAAGCAGCACACAAAUCAAUAAGGAACUGAGCAGAAACCAA